GCGAACUAAAAGUGCAAAAACCCGAAGACCUCGAAACGAAGAAGAUGACCGGCGACGUUGCCGCUAAUCCACCGCCUAUCGCCGCCGAUACGACACCGGAGAACCACCAGCAGCAGGUGGAAAAGCCAUGGCUGGCCUACAUUUCAGAAGAUCUGCCUCGUACGGUCCAGGAAUCCGCCGAUUCCGCCCUUCGCUCCGCCCGAUCGCUGCAGCACAACUCCUCCACGCAAGUUCGAACUCUUAAGGAUCAUGUACUACAAUACACAUCACAGUAUAAGAGUUAUGAAGAUUUGGUCUUCAGUAGAAUCAAAGAUCAAGUCAAAGUUGCAAGAGAGCACUCGGCAUUGUCUGCUGGAGUUGCAAUUACAGCCGCUCUUCUUCUAAUGCGAGGCCCUAGAAGGUUCUUGUUUCGUCGUACAUUGGGUCGAUUUCAGACUGAGGAGGCACGGAUUGUGAAAGCUACAAACAGCGUACAUGAUCUAACCCUUUCGGUUCAGUUAAUGAAGAAAGAGAGCGAAAAGCUACUUGAAAUAGCUGCUUUUGCUGAGAAAGGGAUGACUUAUGGCUAUGGUGAACUAAGGUACACUACUACACUCAAUUUUGUCAUGAAAAGGGUAUUCAUGACAUUUGACUAAUAGUCAAACACUUCACCGGUGUGUGUAGGAUCAACUGUUGUAGCUUUCGUCAGACAUAAGAACAUUGUAAAUAGAGGGGGCAAUCUUGACCCAAAGCCUUCCAACUGGGUCAAUUUGGGUUACUUUUAAAAUUAUAUGGGUUGGUUUGGGUAAGAUAUUUUAACUAAAUGGGUCACAAUGGGUCACUUGAAAUUCCAUCUUGUUAUUUUCGGGUCAAAGCGGGUCGACAACAUUAAAGAAACGGGUCGAUGUGGGUUAAUGUCUUACAGAAACGGGGCAGGUUUCGGGUCGGGACGAGUUUCGUACCGUUUCGACCCGUACCGUUUCGACGCGUACCGUUUCGACGCGAACCGUUUCGAAUUGAACCAUUUCGACCUGUACCGUUUUGACGCGAAUCGUUUCGAAUCGAACCGUUUCGACGCGAACCGUUUCGACCCAUACCGUUUCGACCAGUACCGUUUCGAAUCCCGUUUCGACCAGUACCAUUUCGACCAGUACCGUUUCGAAUCGAACCGUUUCGACGCGAACCGUUUCGACCAGUCCCGUUUCGAAUCGAACCAUUUCGACCCGUACCGUUUCGAAUCAACCGUUUCGAAAUGUACCGUUUCGAAUCGAACCGUUUCGUCGCGAACCGUUUCGACGCGAACCGCUUCGACCCGUACCAUUUCGACCAGUACCGUUUCGACCCGUACCGUUUCGACGUGUACCGUUUCGACGCGAAGCGUUUCGAGCGUACCGCUUCGACGCGAAUCGUUUCGACCAGUACCGUUUCGAAUUGAACCGUUUCGACGCGAACCGUUUCGACGUGUACCGUUUCGACGUGUACUGUUUCGACGCGAAGCGUUUCGAGCGUACCGUUUCGACGCGAAUCGUUUCGACCCGUACCGUUUCGACCAGUAGUUUCGAAUUGAACCGUUUCGACGCGUACCGUUUCGACACGAACCGUUUCGACUCGAACAAUUAUGUUUUGCAUAUACAUACAUACACACACAGGAUGCAAUGCAACUGUACGCUUUCGUUUUCACCUUCUCUCAAUUCAUAAUACAGAAACAAACACACUUAAGACAUAUGUCUGUAUCUAUAAAGAAUCAUAUGUAAUAAUAAAUGCAAAACUUGGUAUUGUAAUUGUAAAACGAGAACUAUCAGAUGACUGUAACAUUUGGUAUUUUGCACUUGAAUAAAUGCAAAACAUAAUUGUUGUGUUGUAAAAAAAUAACAUUUUUUUAACCGACCCGACCCGAAACCCGUUCUGACCCGAACCCGUUCCGACCCAAACCCGUUUCAACCCGAACCCGUUCCGACCCGAACCCGUUUUGACCCGAACCAAAACAACCCUUUUUUUAAUUGACCCGUUUCGACCCGAACCCGUUUUGACCCGAACCCGUUUUGACCCAUGACCCGACCCGACCCAACCCGACCCGUUUGCCAGGUCUAAUUCCAAUCAUUUUUUCGGUGUUAUACUUUAACUUUUAACAUUAACACUUAUAGUUCCUUCACUUUUCAAAAACUUUAUAAAAUAUCAUUUGUACUCCCUAGAGUUUAA